CUUUCCAUCUUUUUUUUUUUUCUUAUUUAUUCUUAUCUCUCCCUCUCUCUCUUCUCUGUUUAUAUUUACAAAUGGCUGAAAAAGUAUACGUGAUUGGUGCUACUGGCAACAUUGGUCAAAAAGCUGUACAGAAUCUACUUGCUAAAGGAGUGGCCACUACCAUCUAUGUACGUGAUGUUGAAAAAAGUAAAAACCUCUUCAAGGAAAACAAACUAUUGACAAUAGUGCAAGGGGAUUACGAUAAUUUGCAAAAGUUCAAGGAAACCAUUGGUGGACAUACGCGUUUGUUCUAUCUCAUUACUGAUCUUCCUCGUAUGCCAGUUCUUAAGGAACAACUAGCCAGUUGGGCCUAUGAAGCUGGUGUCAAGCAAAUCGUGGAUAUUUCCUCCCGUUUCACUCAAUUCCCAUGGCGUACUUCUUUUAUUGGUGAAGCACAUCGUCUGGCUGAAGAAAAAGUGUAUCAUCUGGCUCUCAAGCAUAACCGCAACUUUGUCGCUCUUCGUCCUUCUCGAUUCUUCAUCAAUCACCUUUGGGUAGAUGGUCCUACGAUCAAGGAAGAAAAUGCCAUUUAUGAUAGCAACGAGAAUGAUGCCAAAAUCGAAUGGAUUUCAACUGAUGAUAUCGCGGAUGUGGCCACUUUGGUAUUGACCGAUCCUGUUGAAAAACAUGGUAACAUGGCUUAUCCUUUGAUUGGUGAUAGUGUUACUGGUCCUGAUCGUGCCGCUAUCUUUACCGAAGCUCUUGGACGUACUAUUACUUACAAGAAAGUGUCAGCUACCGAAAAAUACAAUGGAAUGAUCAAGAAUAACAUUCCUCAUGGUAUCGCUUUAGAUAUUGCUGUGGUUGAUACUUUUGAUCCUCCUACAAAGAUUGUCCCUGUCCUUCUUGGUCGUCCCUAUGAAACUUUGAAAGAAUGGGUCUUCAAGAAUAAGGAUGCAUUCUAGAUCAUUAGAAUAGUUUAUGUAGUUGUCUAUAAUAAAUUUUGUUGGGUUUGAAAUCUGCUA